UUCAAGAAAGAACCAUCUGGCUAAACCCAAGGAAAAUGGAGAACUUAACAGAGAGAGAACUGGCUAUAUUCCGAGAGCUCUUCAAUCGCAUCGACGUUGAGGGGGAUGGAGAAUUCUCGUUUAGGGAGCUGGGCAUUGUGAUGAGAGCUUUGGGUGGCAUCGUCAGCGAUGGGGAGCUGCAGGAUAUGAUCAAUGAGGCCGAUUCGAAUGGCAAUGGAUCGCUUGAUUUUGAGGAGUUUGUUAAUACACUCUUGCGCAAAUUAUCGGACACUGAUCGGCCCGAGGAUCUCAAGAUGGUCUUCGCGUUGAUCGACAAGGAUAGAAAUGGAUGUAUUGCCACAAACGAUUUGCGCAAGCUCUUUGGAUCGAUUGGCAUUCAGCCGAGCGACGAGGAACUCGAUGAAAUUAUACGAUCGGGGGACAGCGACCUAGACGGUGUCUUGAUAUUCGAAGAGUUCGCUGCCAUUUUAACCAGCGAAAAAUAAUAUGGACAUUAGAUAUCGUUCUGGGGUCGCUGACUCGAUAGAAAUCAUGCGAUUGGGGAACGCCGACCAAGACGGUGUCUUGAUAUUCGAUGUAAACCAGCGAAAGAUGAUUGGAUGUAUACAAGUACACUACCAUAUGGACAUAAGAAUUCGUUCUGGGCUCGUUUACUCAAUAUUUGAAUUAUCCGUGGCUUAUCGCAUUGAUGCCAAACAUAGUUUGAAUAUUGAGAAAUCGAUUCUAGACACGAGUCUUAAUAAUAAAUGCAGUGUAUAGAG